GCUGUACACCUAAACCUACCUGUGAAUAUUGUUUUCAUGACGCUCCAAUGCCUCGGUGGCCUGGUCUCCUAUGCCAUGUUUGCCGGCUGUGAUCCAAAAUUGAACGGCGAAACGACAGCUUCGGAUCAAGUCUUGCCUUACCUCAUCAUGAAACUGUUCAACAACAUUCCAGUCGUUCGUGGCCUCUUCAUUUCGUCCAUCCUCGCAGCUGCCCUUAGCACGCUCUCCUCGGGCAUCAACAGCAUCGCCGGUGUCAUCGUAGAGGAUGUGUUUAUGGAGAUCUUUUUCAUGUGUCGCCCCGGCGCCUCCAUCAGUCAGCACAGACUCACGCUUUUUGCGCGCUUUUUUGCUGUCCUGAUUGGUGUCAUAACCAUCGGGGUAGCAUUUCUGCUGUCCAUUGUGUCAUCUGGAGUUCUUCAGAUAUCCUUCAGUAUCUUCGGUGCCAUUGGCGGACCUAUCCUGACUAUCUUCACAUUAGGCAUUAUCAUGCCCUUCGUCAAUCAGUGGGGUGGUGUGGUUGGUUUCCUUGCAAGCUUGGCAACAGGCGUCACUCUGACGAUCGGUUCCCUCUUCGGUACCUACCACCAAAUCCCUGAGGUGCCCCUGACAAAUGCCAACUGCAGCACAAACGCGAGCACUGUCUUCACGCCCAUCAUGCGCGGAACUAAUGUCACUGCGUCCAACGACAUCCCCUUCAACUUCUUCAAUCUCUCCUAUCUCUACUAUUCGCCAGUUUGCCUGCUCGUGGGAGUCAUCGUCGGAAGUCUGGUUAGCUGCGCGACGGGUGAGCUAGCCAGGUUUUCGCUGUCUGUGGUGUAG